AACUUUUUUCAAUUAAUGUGCUGUAUUUAUCUCUUGAUUCAGGACAAAACAUUUGGCCUGAAGAAUAAAAAAGGUGCAAAACAACAGAAAUUUAUCAAGGCUGUGACUCACCAGGUAAAAUUUGGUCAGCAAAAUCCACGUCAGGCUGCUCAAACAGAAAGUGAGAAGAAAUUAAAAAAAGAAGAUAAGAAAAAAGAAUUACAAGAACUAAAUGAACUCUUCAAGCCUGUGGUUGCUGCACAGAAAAUUAGCAAAGGUGCUGACCCCAAAUCUGUAGUUUGUGCUUUCUUCAAGCAAGGACAAUGCACUAAAGGAGACAAGUGCAAGUUUUCUCAUGAUUUGUCUUUGGAAAGGAAGUGUGAAAAACGAAGUGUCUACAUUGAUGCAAGAGAUGAAGACCUUGAAAAAGAUACAAUGGAUAACUGGGAUGAGAAGAAGCUGGAAGAAGUGGUGAACAAGAAGCAUGGUGAGGCGGAAAAGAAAAAACCCAAAACUCAAAUAGUCUGCAAAUACUUCCUUGAUGCUAUUGAAAACAACAAAUAUGGAUGGUUUUGGGUCUGUCCAGGUGGAGGAGACAACUGCAUGUAUCGCCAUGCUCUCCCUCCAGGUUUUGUAUUAAAAAAAGACAAAAAGAAGGAGGAAAAGCAAGAUGAAAUUUCUUUAGAAGAUCUAAUAGAAAAAGAGCGUGCUGCCUUAGGACCAAAUGUUACCAAAAUUACUCUAGAGUGUUUUAUUGCAUGGAAGAGAAGAAAAAGACAAGAAAAAAUUGAUAAGGCUGAGCAAGAUAUGGAGAGGAGGAAAGCAGAUUUUAAAGCUGGCAAAGCGUUGGUGAUUAGUGGACGUGAAGUAUUCGAGUUCCGACCAGAGUUGGUUGAUGCAGAUGAUGAAGAAGCAGAUGACACUCAUUAUAUUCAAGGAACGGGAGAUGAUGAUGAGAUGGAAGACCCCGUGUGCAUAAAUGAUGUCGAUUUGAACCUCUAUGUCCCAAAGGCUGUAGAUGAGACUGGUAUUACUGUGGCUAGUCCUGAGCGAUUCAGCACAUACAGUUCAAUAGAAAAAGAUGAUAAUAAAUUAAAUGAAGCUUCUGGUGGUGAUAUUAACAGCAGUGAGCAAAAUGAUUUAGAGGAAGAUAAUGAUGGUGAUGGGGAGUUGGAAAAUGGAGUAAUUGAUGCAGUUCCAGUUGAUGAAAAUCUUUUUACUGGAGAGGACUUGGAUGAACUAGAAGAAGAACUAAACACUCUUGAUUUAGAAGAAUGAAUUAAAAAGAUCAAGUGAGGAGUUAAAUCUAUGUGACAAAGUGAAAACUGACUAUGUUUUUUUUUCUCCUUUUUGAAUAGAAUUCUUAAACAGGAUGUUUAUGGUUACCCAGCUGAUUCUGAUGGGCACAUCAUAUACCAGGAAUAUUUUCCUUCAAUCUCAUCUACUCCAAUCUUGACUAUGCUCACAGUAAAAUAUUCAGAGUAGUUGAGAAUUACCUGACAGCUGAAUUUGCAGAAAAUGAGAUUAUAACUUUCAACUAAAAGUAGGAAGUGUAACUGCUUUGCCAGUAUGCAAGUAUAAGUGGGCAAUUUGAUACCAGGUGCAGUAGAUAAAUCAAAGUAUACAUUCUUCACUAGAACUGCAUUUUUAUUAGAGAUUGUGUUUAGAAACUGCCUGAAGUGUUUUUAGGCAGUAUACUCUAAUGGAGCUGAUGCAGGUUAUGCUUCUUUAAGUGGUGAUUAGCUUUAUUUGAUCAGCUGGAUACUGAAGAUUGUGAACUGAUACAUCAUACAAUACAAUAUGGUGCCCUCUGUUUAAAAUGUUUUAAACUUUCCCACCACCUUUUGCCAACAAAACUGUAAAUAAAAACUAUCAACUUUAAAAUACCUGUGUUGAUUUUUCUCUGUUGAGUUACGAUAUCAUACCAAACUGUUAUUAACUUCAUUUUCUAAUACAGUCAUAAAUAUUUUUCUCUCCAGUCCUGAUACAGAGGUGAUGAUGUCAGCUUCAGUUAAAUUAGGGCUAACUGAAAUUACAUUUUUUUUAUACACUUCAUGCAGUGUAAAAUUCAGCAGCUGACUUCCCCCACCCCGUUGUUAUCUCCUACCCAUCCUGAUUUAAUACAUGCUAUAAAUUACUCAUUGCUAUUUGAGUCUCAUUCUUUCCCCACUGUUUUGUAUGUUAGGGAAGACUUCAAGCUCUGAAGAGGAGGGAUGUUAGGGUCCUAAAAAAUGCCUGUCAUAUCUUCAGUGUUCUAUAAAUAACACAAAGUUACGCAGUAGUAAGUGGCCUCAAAGCGGAGCAGUCUUGUACCCUGCAGGGGGCACUUAUUGUCAGGCUUUAAAUGAAGUCAACACGUCCUUUUAAGACUUACUGAAUCCCUGCCAUAAGGAUUUCUCAGUAAUGGUGCUUUUUCAAGGGGGCUGUAGGUUAUGCCUCCUUGUGGUACCACUAAUAGUAUCUGCAACAGUAUAGCUGUACUAAUGAUACUGUUUGUAUCGAUUUUUCUAAGGCUUUUAAAUUAACUACUUGAAGACCAUUACGAUUCAUGGCAUUGUUAGUGAGCUUUACUUGAACUGCUUUUGGGUGGUAAUAGUAGCUUUAAUGGUUAUUUCUGACACUGCUAAAUGGACUCUUGUAUCUUGAAUGCUAUUUCUAAAAUAGCUGACUUAGACAUUUUUUGCCUUUUUUCGGAUCUUUGUGGAAUUUUUCUCCUAUAGGAACAUGAAGCAGUGUUUAAGAGAAAGAGGCCUACUGAAAUUGACUUCUAAAUGUAAGUGUUUAAGGAAAAGCUGCAAUAUCAGAUAUAAAUAUUUAUUUAUGGAGAUUUUUCUCCCAUGGCCAUAAAUAAACAGUGUUGACAGAUUAUUGUAUUAUACUGGCCAGCAAUAGGAUACCUGGAUAUCAGGACACUUAAGAAUGCAAUUCAUAUUUGAAUGUAUGAUGCAUAAUUUUUCAAAGUUGUAUAUUUUAAAUGGGAAUAAAAGUAAUUUAAUCAUUAUCAAGGAU